GCUGCAUCUAUAAAAUCAUUGCUAAAAUACUAGCAAACAGAUUAAAGAAAGUGAUGGGCCUGCUAAUCGACCCCCACCAAUCAGCAUUUAUUGAAGGCAGGCAAAUCACUGAUGGCAUUAUCAUACUUAAUGAGAUGGUUGAUGAAGCCAAGAACAGCAAAAAGUCGAUCUUGAUCUUCAAAGCAGACUUUGAGAAGGCAUACGAUAGUGUAAAUUGGAACUUCCUCAAUAGCAUGAUGAGUAAGCUAGGAUUAUGCCCUAAAUGGAGAAAUUGGAUUCAAGAGUGCAUUUCAUCAGCAACGGUCUCAGUCUUGGUAAAUGGCAGUCCCACAGAAGAGUUCAUAAUGGAGAAGGGACUGCGGCAAGGGGACCCCUUGGCCCUAUUCUUGUUCCUCAUGAUUGCAGAAGCUCUAAACGGGCUAAUACUAAAAGCAGUGGAAGACAACUUGUUCAGGGGGGUUGAAGUGGGGAAAAGCUUGAAAGUAAACUUCUUCAAGAGCUCCCUCAUAGGUCUGACUAUGGAAACAGACGAGUUGGAUAAGUUUGCAGAAAAGCUGAAUUGUGUUACAGGCCAAACUCCUUUCAAGUAUCUAGGGGUGUUGAUUGGUACAAACCCGAAAAGAACAUCCUUAUGGACUCCGGUGGUAGAGACUAUGCGAAAGAGAUUAUCAAACUGGAAGAGGGAUUCGUUGUCUUUUGGCGGACGCAUCAUUCUUCUAAAAUCUGUCCUCUUAAACAUCCCUGUCUAUUGCUUCUCAACCCACAAAGCACCAAAACAGGUAAUCCUUUUACUUACAAAAAUUCAAAGGAAUUUCUUAUGGGGAGGAAGGGAAGGAAAUAGGAAAAUAGCUUGGGUUAAAUGGGAUAAUAUCUGCAAGAGUAAGUUAGAAGGGGGGAUAGGAGUCAAAGAGCUAAGUAAAUUUAACUUAGCCUUACUAGGGAAGUGGAGGUGGAGAUUACUAGUAGAGAAAGAGGCGCUAUGGAAACAGGUGCUGGAAGCCAAGUAUAGGAUGGAUAGAAGAAUAGCGUGGGAAGGCGGUAAAUGGAGAGGGUCAGUUUCAAAAUGGUGGAAAGAAUUAUGGGAACUAGACGGGGCAAUAGGUGGAAGAGAAGGAUGGUUUAAGGAAGGGGUAGUUAAAAAAGUGGGUGAAGGAAAGGAUACUCUGUUUUGGCAUGAAAUAUGGGCAGGGGACAAGCCUCUAAAGGAGAAGUACAGUAGAUUGUUUAGCCUGUCUAGGGAUAAAGAUGCUGUUAUUACAGAUAUGGGUAGUUGGAAUAAUAAGGAAUGGAUGUGGAAUUGGAGAUGGAGAAGGUGUCUCUUUGCAUGGGAAACCAACUUGUUGCAGGAACUACUCUCGCUACUUCAACGAAUACAACUAACAGAAGGCGAGGACGAUAAAUGGGUGUGGAAGUAUGAUCCAAAAAGCUCAUAUACAGUGAGAUCAGCCUAGACAAUUCUAAACCAGAGUCAAGAAUUCAGCCCAAACUCACAUUACAAGUUGAUUUGGAACAAUAAAUUGCCACUGAAAAU